AUGUUCCGCAGGGCACGCCUUAGCGUGAAGCCGAAUGUCAGGCCCGGAGCAGGCGCCAGGGCCUCCACCGCCCCCAGUUCCCAGCGUGAACAAGAGGUUCCAAGGCCGCCGGAGCCUGCCGCAGCCUCUGCUCCGAAGCCAGCGGAAUCCACAGAUGUGCCCCCGGUGGAUUUCGGGGAAGCGGAGCCCCAAGAAAAGACUCCCAAGAGCAGUGUUGAAAAGACUGAUGAUGGGAAGGAUGUUGAAGAAUCCAGUAAGCCUUCCUCUACUGUUUCACAGAGAAGAAAGCGAAUACCAAGUACUUCUAGUCUGGUUAAACCUAGUGUCAGUGUUCCUUCAGAACCUCAUCCUUUAUCUACAGUUAAUCAAGAAGCUCCACAGCCAAACCCUGUUCCAGCAAAAGAGAAACAGCCAUGUUCAGACAGAUACCGAAUAUACAAAGCCCAGAAACUGAGAGAAAUGUUAAAAGAAGAAUUGAGGAAAGAGAAGAAGCAAUGGAAAAACAAGUAUGCCGUAAAUGAAACUCAGAGGCCACCAGAUCGUUCCAAAAUGACUAUGAGAGACUUCAUAUAUUAUCUGCCAGAAAGCAAUCCAAUGACUUCUUCACUGGAGCAGGAAAAGAAAACUGAAAAAUCAUCGACACCAGUCCGAACAAGAGAGCAAGAAGGCAAGACUACUCCUGAUGGUGAAGAUAAUGAAGAAAUAGAAGAAGAGUUGGAUGAUGGGCCCUUGCUGGUUCCUCGAGUAAAAGUGGCAGAAGAUGGUUCUAUUAUUUUGGAUGAAGAAAGUUUAACUGUAGAAGUUUUAAGGACAAAAGGUCCCUGUGUUGUUGAGGAAAAUGACCCCAUAUUUGAGCGUGGUUCUACAACUACAUAUUCCAGCUUUAGGAAAAGCUACUACUCUAAACCAUGGUCAAAUAAAGAGACAGAUAUGUUUUUUUUAGCCAUCAGCAUGGUAGGAACUGACUUUUCUAUGAUUGGACAGCUUUUUCCUCACAGAGCAAGAAUAGAAAUUAAGAAUAAAUUUAAACGUGAAGAGAAAACAAAUGGAUGGAGAAUAGACAAGGCAUUCCAGGAAAAGCGCCCUUUUGACUUCGAUUUUUUUGCUCAUUUGCUUCAGAAAGUUCUUGCCGAAGAAGAGAAAAGAAAACAAAAAUCUGUUAAAAAUCAGAGUUCAAAGGAGAAGAAGUCCUCUAAAUCACGGAAAAAUGUAAAAGUGAAAAAAGUUGCCAAUGAUGAUCGAGAUGAGUCUGUGAGCCCUAAAAUUUCAAACCCAGGAAGGUCACAAAAGGAUGCUCAGACAGUUGAAGAAGAACUGCAGUCUCUGACUUUAUCUGAAGAGAAUUCAGAACAGAAUACGUUAGAACUAGACGUAAAUCAAAAGAAAAGAAGAAGAAAGAAUCAGGGUGAAGGUAGUGAACAAGAAGUGCAUCUUUCAGGAAGUGCCACUGUUCAGCCAGGCUCUUCUAAAGGAGAAAAACACAAAAAUAAAGGCCUGUCUUUAAGUCCUGAGAUUAAUGAAGAUGAAGCCAGUAAGGAACAAGAGUUUCCCUGUGUACAGGACACAGAUGACCUUGUGGAUUUAUCCUCUAGUGAAGACGCUGAGAAAAGAACUGACCCUGUUCUUUCAUCAAGUCAACAAGAUGUCAUAUCAGUAGCAGCUGAGACUGCAGAAUCAAACACUUCAGACUUGCCUUCAUCAGAAGGCGGAGUUAGAGCAUUGUGUGAGGUGAAGAGUGCUGAGGGUAGUUGUACAGAAGAAAGAGAUGUUGACCUAAAAAGUAAAUCACUGGAAACUGAUCAAACAGAAACUGUUAAACCAAUGACAAGAGGACGACUUCAGAGACCUAAACCCAAUUUAUCAAGGGCAGUUGGGAAGAACUCAGUCCUUUCACGAGCUAAAACAGAUGCAGAGGACAAGAGUUUACAUAAAGAAACUCCUGUUGAAAAGAAUCCCAUGGAAAAGGAUGGUAUUUCUGGAAUGGAGAAUACAGAGAAAGGGAACCCAGAACCUGACACUGUAUCUAAUUUGAGUGAAAAAACUUGUCUGCAGGAAGUUGAUCAACCAAAGGCUUUCAGACCUGCACGACUAAUGCGGGGCUUAUUACAAAGGCCAAAACCAAAUGUAGGUAAAGCUGCUGAAAGAAACGAAACUCUUACAUCACAGGAAAAAUCUGGUGCCAGUAUAGAAAAGAAUGAAAAUGAAUCCUGUAUCAACAGAGAUACUCCUGAACAGAUAGAAGAUCAGUCAUGUGAAAAUUUUGAGUGUGAAGAUGUUGCAUCACUAUCUGGAAAAAAAGACAGUUCCUUUCAAAAUGUGCAGUCAGAUGAGCCCAAGGCUGUUAAUGAGUGUCUGAGUAUUCAGGAGGAUAAUAGAGCAAAUAAAGAUGUUCGAAUUCCAAAGACUCGAUUUCAGAAACCAAAGCCAAAUAUAGGAAGGAGAACUGGAAGAAGAGGAAUUUCCUCAAAGGAAGAGGUACCAAAGGAGGUAAUUGCCUCUGAGGAGAUGACAGCAGCUUUGAGAGAAACUGCAAGACUGGAAACCUCACUAAGGGAGAAGGAACCUGUGGAGACUAAUGUUACUAAGGAAAUGGACUCAGAUUUAAAAGAAAUUGGAAGAAAAGACAUCUCUUCCAGGGAUAUAAUGCCAGAAAUGAGUGAUGUCUCUGUGGAAAUGGAGACAGAUUUGAAAGAAACAGAAAAAAAUGACAUCUCUCCCAGGGAAAAAAUGCCAGAAAUAAGUGAUGUCACUGUGGAAAUGAGGACUGAUUUGAAAGAAACCGAAAAAAAUGACAUCUCUCCCAUGGAGAAAAUACCAGAAAUGAUUGAUGUCAUUGCAGAAAUGGAAACAGAUUUGAAAAAAACUGGAAAAAAUGACGUCUCUCCCAGGGAGAAAAUGCCAGAAAUGAGUGAUAUCAUUGCAGAAGUGGAGACAGAUUUGAAAGAAACUGGAAAAAAUGACAUCUCUCCCAGGGAGACAGUACCACAAAUGAUUGAUGUCACUGCAGAAAUGGGGACAGAUUUGAAAGAAACUGGAAAAAAUUACAUCUCUCCCAGGGAGGAAAUAUCAGAAAUGAGUGAUGUCACUGUGGAAAUGAAGACUGAUUUGAAAGAAACUGGAAAAAAUGACGUCUCUCCCAGGGAGAAAAUGCCAGAAACGAGUGAUGUCACUGCAGAAACGGAGAUGGAUUUGAAAGAAACCAGAAAAAAUGACGUCUCUCCCAAGGAAACAGUACCAGAAGCUAUUAAUGUCACAGAUUUGAAAGAAACCGAAAAAAAUGAGAUCUCUUCCAGUGAGAAAAUACCAGAAACAAAUGUUAUCACUGCGGAAAUGGAGACAGAUUUGAAAGAAACUGGAAAAAAUGACAUCUCUCCCAGGGAGAAAAUGCCAGAAAUGAGUGAUGUUACUGCAGAAAUGGAGACAGACUUGAAAGAAACUGGGAAAAAUGACAUCUCUCCCAUGGAGAAAAUACCAGAAAUGAUUGAUGUCACUGCAGAAAUGGAGACAGAUUUGAAAGGAAUGGGAAAAAAUGACAUCCCUCCCAGGGAGAAAAUGCCAGAAAUGAUUGAUAGCAUUGCAGAAACGGAGACAGAUUUGAAAGAAACCAGAAGAGAGAUUUUUCCAAGGGAGGAGAUAACAGUGUCGACUGAUGCCACUGAGGAAAGAGAGACAGAUUUGGAAGAGACUGAAAGAAGAGAAAUGUCCCUACAGGAAAAUGCCCCAGAGGAAGUUGAUAUUAUUGGUGAAGUAGAAACAGGUUUGAAAAAAACUGAAAGAGAAAUUUCCCCAAAUGAGGAGAUACCAGAGAUGCCUGAUGCUGCUGAGGAAGUAGAGACAUAUCUAGAAGAAACUGAUAGAAGAGAAAUAUCUACACAAGAAAAUGCCUCAGAGGUCAAAACUGUAGGUGACAAAAUGGAGAUAGAUUUGAAAGAAACUGGAAUAGAAAUUUCCCCAGGGGAAAGGGUAUUAGUGGGGAUCAGUGCCACAGGGGAAAGAGAGACUGAUUUGGAAGAAACUGGGCAGAGAGAUGUUUUUCUGAUGGAGAAAGCAUCAGGAAAGGUGGCUGCCAUUGAGGAAAUAGAGGCAGAUUUGACAGACACUGGAAAAGAAAUUUCCUUGACGAAAAGCAGAUCAGAAGAGAUUGAGGAAAGCCUGGCAGAUUUGGAAAACAUAGAAAAAAUAGACAUUUCUCUAAGGGAAAAAGAACCAGAGGAGACUGGGACCUCAAGUCGAGCUGAGGCAGAUUCCUUGCAGACCAGUAGUGGUGACGACAGCACUGUGGCUUCACAGAGUAAUAGAGACUUGGGCAGGGAAGUGCUGUCCGUGGUUCAUACAUCUGUAGAAGAAAAAAAUUCUGAAAAGGAAGUGUCAAGUCAGUUGAGUCAUUUGAACAUUUCUUCGCAGUCUUCUGAACUUGAUAAAAUAGAAGACCAGAGGAUGCGACCUCCAAGUGUUCCAGAGCAGUUUUCAGAUAUUAAUUUAAGCAAAUCUCUUCCUCAAGAACAGACGCCAUGUGAAGUUAAGCUGACACCUUUUGUGAGAAGUAGAUUCAAAAGACCUAAACCAAACUUAGCAAGAGCAGCUUCAAAAAGAGAGACUACGAAAGCAGAAAAGCAUGCACCUGGGAAGGAAAUGGAAGCUGAGAAAACGGAGACUGUUGUGAUACAGCACAACUGUGAACAAAUGAGUACUCUCCCUUCUCAACAUGAUGUGGCUUCUCGAAUGACAUCAAGAGAAAAAGACAAAUUAGAUCACGGUCCAGAGGAGACUGUGAUAUUACAAUGUGUGCAGACUGAAAAGGACCUUUCACCUUCGAGUUCUUGUGAAUCUAAAGCAGAGUCUCAGUCUACACAAGCCCAGGAAAAGGAAUUACUUGUCUCUAUGGGGACUCAUAAUAUAAACACUUUUGAACAAGGAAUAAAGGACAGGGUUAUCCAAACUGCUCCACUAGUAAGGGGUCGACUUCAGAGACCCAGACCAAACUUAAGAAAGGCUGGCCCGAGGCAAGUAAUAGAAAAAAGUGAAACCAGAGAAACAACUAAGGAAGAAAAGACACUACAAAAAGAUGAAACUGGAAAGGAAUUCCUGACUGUGGCAAAUUCUCAAAUUGCAACCGAAAUUGAAGUUGUAUCCUCUGAAGUAUCAGAAGGCAGAAUGUCUGAAAACCAGAGUCAGGUUCUUUUAGAAAACCUUCAUAUUAACAAAGUAGAUGUUUUAGGUGAAAAGAUGAGACAUGGACAUGAAACAUAUAUUUCUAGUCCACCACAAAUGGUAAGAAGACAGUUGCAAAGGGCUAAGCCAAAUUUGGGAAGAGCACAAAGUAAGAAAGAAGCAUCAGACGUAGAAGAAGAUCAGAGGAAGGCAAGGAAGCCAGAAGAUAGUUUGUCACAGCGUGAAGAUUCUGACAGCCAGCUUCUUCAAAAAGGAAAACCUGAGUUUCUGACAUCUCCAGAGGUUUCAGCAAGAAAAGAUUCUGUAGGUUCCAAGGAGACUGGAUUGGCAAAAGAAGAUGCUCCAUCAGAAGUUGAAUCAUCUGGAAGUGUUGGAGAGAAGACUGGAGGGGAUAAUUCUGUGUGUGCAGUUGUUGAAAAGCAGUGUAUCAGUAAACCAAGCUCCCCACAAUUGUUAAAAGAACCAGAUAACUCUAGAAUUGUUCUGGAUCGAAGAAGAGCUCUCUCUUCUGCCUCUGAGCGUGAGAUAGAUCAUAGUAGAAGGCGAGUACGUCGGAAGGUUAAACCGAGCAUCCCCAAAGGGCGUGGCUCAAAACGAAGCCGGAGUAAGACCUCGAAGAAGGAGCCCAGAGCUUCCAGGUCUGUGCUGGUGACUCUCCGAGCUUCCCAGGAAGAAGACGAAGAUGACGGGGAAGACUUUGAGUCUGACUAUGAAGAAGAAAGCUAUCAUCUUGCUCCCGAAGAAGUAAACAAAGCUCCAGUGUUUGUACCUAUUGGUCUCAGAUCUCCCGAACCUGUUCCUGUUCAGAUUGAGGAAACUAUGGAAGAGCUUGUAAUCCCCACGAAUGUCACAGAUGUAGGAUGCAUAACUGUUGUUGAACAUCAGCUUUCAUCAAACAUAGAUGUGAUUCCUCAAGAAAUGAGACAAGAAGAAAAUUUGACUGCAUUAUCAGUUGAAAUGACUGUAGGUGAACAUUCCCAAGCUGAAACAGAAAAUACCAACGAUGGGAGCACUGAAGCUGCCAUAGCCCUACUGACUAUGGGAGAUCUGGUGUUGCAGUCAGAGAUUAGCCCAGAACAGAGUGAUGGAGUAUGUAUACUUCCUGAUGCUCCUUCAAUCGAUCAAAGCCAUGUUCCUUUUAGCCCAGAUAAUGUAAAUCUCAAAAUUGUUCAUGAAUGUCAGGAACCUUCUUCACCUGUCCAUAGUACAUCUCCAUUAGUAGAAGAAAACAAGACUAUAUUGGAUGUGGAUAAACAGAAUACUAAAGAAGAAAUUGGUUUGACAGAAAAAGUAAAGGAAAGCACUACAUCAUCCAGGACUACAACUUCUGAAGUGACCAAUAAUUUGAGAAGGAGAAGUAGAUUUGCCAAGCCCAAGCCAAAUCUUAAGAUUUUAGGGACCAAGAGAUUUGGUGCUCAUCAGAAAGUUCCUAGUCUGUUUGUAACUAAAGGAGAAGAAGUGGAAAUUCAAAGAGACUCUGAGAAAAAUGCUUCUCAAGAAACAGAAUUAGAAGAUAAAAACCUUGGAUUGGUUACAGCAACAGAGAGUGCAGAGCAGAGCAAAGUGGCACCUGUACAUGGUAUUGAAGAAACCAGUAUUUCACAAGAAACACACCUAACUGAAAGAGGUGAAGAGCAAGAAGGGCGAUCUGAAGAAGUUCCGAUACCAUCAGUUGCUCCAGCUGUUUCUUCUGAGUCAGGGCCCCACACACUUGGUUUGGGCAUGGGUCUUGGUGAGAGCUCUGUUGAAGAACCUCUGGGAAAGGACUUUAAUGGAGACCCUGUGCUUACACUAAAUGUGCCAAAGUGUAUACCAACUAGUAUUCCAGAAGUCCAGCAAGAGAAUGUAAACAAUCUUCAAGAUCUAACAGUCAAUCUAGUUAAUGUACAUCAGGAUGGUGAGGAUGAACAAGCUUUCAUUUUAACUCUGGUGGAAAUCCCAACCCAUGCAGUAGAAGAAUAUGCUGAUAGCACCAUGCCGUUAAUGCCAAAUCCUUUAUUGCCGGCGCCCAUAUUGGUCAAAUCAGCGAAUACAAAAGAAAGAGAAGACACGAGUAGCAGUUUUCCAGUAACCUCAGUUGGUCGAGAUGACAUGUGUUUAUCUAAUUCUGAAAGAGAUGAUUCAGAAAAAUCUGCUGCUAAUUUGGAUCUUGUAUCUAGGAAGAGAUAUUGUAACCUUGAUGAAAGUGACCAUGUCCCUCCUGCCAAAAAAACUUCACUCACUUCCAUAGAUGAUUGUCAAAAAUUUACCUCUGAGGUGUGUUCAAAGGAAUUAACAAAUGUUUUGGAGGAAACAGCGGAGUCUUACAAGGGACAGGAUAUCUUCCCUACCUCAGGAAACAUACAGACAAUUUCAGAACCUCAAAAAGAGCAACUUGAACCCACUUCUCAGAGUAUCAGAUCUGGAUCUUUUGAUAAAAUAACAGAUACACAGGAAAAGAAUGCAUCUCAGUUACCUCAGGAUGAGAUAAUGGUGUCUGAUAAGGAAGAAAGAACUUGUGCUGCUUCUGAGUCUGAACAAAUGGGUAGCAUCACAUCGUCUUCAAAAACCCCACUAACCAGACCUGGCAGAAGACCCCUGGGAUUUUUGUCUUUAAUAUGUUCAAAGAAUAGCUUGGACUCUGAUGAACCUACGCAGGUUCAUAGUAAGAAACGCCUAAAACCUGUUAUACCUGUAUCAAGACAAAAUUUGAAAAGAUCUAAUCUGCCUAGUGUAAGCCAGAAAAAAACUCAAGAGUCCUCUGAUGUUCCGUCUCGAAGUGUUGUUGACAAUACUCAACCUACGAAUAAUGAUAGUUCAGCAACUCAGGUUUCUUCUAAUCAUCCCUUACCGAAAGGAGAAUGUAAAGGUGGCCAAAACCGGGUACCUGAAGAGGAGCCAACCACAGUCUCUGAAUAUUUCUUUAAUGAUAUCUUUAUUGAAGUGGAUGAACCAGAAUAG